UCUCCUCCCUGUCGGUUCGGCAUCGGUUUGCUUGAUUCUCUUACAUCCUGUUUUUCUUCUCCUGAGGCUACAGAAACGGUCGAAGCUCUGCCGGGACAACUCACCGAGCACAGCCUGCUGAACUAACAACACGAUCCAUUAUGAAUUUCUUCCUGGAAACAAUCAAAGUGCUUCUGCUGUCCAUCUGGUACAAUGUGGAAUCUUUCAUCCACCUCUUUGUGCCCAUGAAGAAGAAAAACAUAGCUGGUGAGGUUGUGCUGAUAACGGGGGCAGGAAGCGGGAUCGGCCGCCUCAUGGCUCAGGAGUUUGCAGCUCUUGGCACUGUUCUGGUGUUGUGGGAUAUUAACCAGGAGGGGAUGAAGGAAACAGCUAGACUUGCUAAACAGAGCGGAGCCAGCAGAGUCCACUACUAUCUGUGUGACUGCAGCGACAAGAACGAGGUUUACAGAGUAGCUGACCAGGUAAAGCGAGAGGUGGGCGACGUCAGCAUUCUGGUAAACAAUGCCGGCAUCGUGACAGGAAAGAAAUUCAUGGAUGCUCCUGAUUCCCUGAUUGAGAAGACAGUGGAGGUCAACACUAUGGCUCACUUCUGGACCUACAAGGCCUUCCUUCCUGCCAUGAUUGCCAACAAUCAUGGCCAUCUUGUCAGCAUUGCCAGUUCUGCUGGACUCAUCGGAGUGAAUGGAUUGGCAGACUACUGUGCCAGUAAAUUUGCAGCAGUAGGUUUUGCAGAGUCAGUAGGUCUGGAGUUGCUGGCAACUGGGAAAGAUGGCAUCAAGACUACCAUUGUGUGCCCGUACUUCAUCAACACUGGAAUGUUCGAUGGAUGUCAAACUAAGUGGCCAAGAUUGCUGCCAAUCCUGAAUCCAGACUAUGUAGCCAAGAAGAUCAUCCAUGCUGUGCUAACAGACCAGGUCUUCCUGCUGCUGCCCAAGAGCUUGUACUUCAUUGCAGCUCUUAAGAACGUCCUCCCCAUGAAGCAGGGCAUUCUGCUGGGCCAGUAUCUGGGCGCCUUCAACCUCAUGGACACGUUUAAGGGGCACGCCAAAAAACAAGAGUGAAUGAAGAACAGGAAAGUAAGAAGCAAAGGAUGACUGAAAUGGAGAGUCCUGAGAGUCGACAUUAACAUUUCAUUUUAAUCUUGAUCUUCCUAGUGUAUUGGUGUAAUAAUACAGAGAGUGGGGCAGUCGUGGCAAAGCUUGGAUUCUCAUAUCAAUGGUUCAUACUUCAAUACAAACACAGAAUGGCCAUUUUUAUAUAAUCUAUAAUCCAUAUUACGUACAUAUGAACCUUGAUAUUUUUAAAUGACAUUAUUAGUGAAAUUUGAAUGUGAUGUUAUACAAUUUGUAAUUUAAAAGAAAAAUAUGUGUUGCCACAGAUUAACCGGCAAUGGAAGGACUCCUGCUGAUGGAUUAUGAAAAUUUUGUUUCAAAGUUGGUGUCAUGAAUGUAAGCAAUCAGAGAUAAGGACACGUCUAUACUUACUGAGCAAAUUUGUCAAAUUUUCUGAUUGAUUUUCAGAUUUUUCGGAAAUUCCUUAAAUUCAGCGUGAAUUCAAUACAUUGUAAUAAUAUGUCUGUGCUUUGUGGUGUGUCCCACAGCAAACACGAAUCUAUCAACAGAAAGUCACAACCACCAUGAACAGGAUAAUAGCAUUAUUUAGCAGGAGAGUCAAACCUUUUUGAUGCGUAGGAAUAUCAAAUGCAGAAAAUCUAUUAUAUAAUGCAUCAAUACAUAGCUAACAAUAUAUGCUUACAAAAACUUUACAUCUAUACAAAGUAAAAAUGGUGAGGUUUAGCUGUAAGUUCAUACUGACGUAACGUAAUAUUCCCUUAUAAUUCCCUAUGAACACUGUUGUGCAUGUAGCCAUUACUGUCAUUUUGAGAUUUUAAAGCACACUUUUUUAGAGUUUUUGUUUAGUCUGGCCCAGUGUUUCAUGGCCAAGUGCUUAUACUCAGGAACAGUGAACCCAACUAAAAGGGUGUCUUGGAUAUGUAAAUUUGGUAGCCAGUGGUCCAGAACACUCAACGGCCUUGUGUGUUCAGACUGAAGAAAAAUUUUCAUGUGUUAUUAGCGUAUUACAGCAGAGUUUGAAAGCUUGAUUUCUUGAUGGACUUUACCCGUCUUUAUUCACUAACAGCAAAUUUGGCCACCAUGGGUAGCCCAUUAUGUGUCUUUGAGUAAGAUGGGUAGACUGUGAAUGAGAGGUAAAACUGUAAAGUGUUUUGUGCAUUCAGGUAGAAAAGCGCAAUUUAAAUGCAGUCCGUUUACAGUUUUAAUUAUUGUUAAUAUGUUAGCUGUAAUUAUCUAUCACUGUACUAGCUAGCAGUGUACUAGCAUGCUACAGCUAACUAUUGUGUUUUUAUAGACCUUUUUAGAGGCUUUGCUCCUUGUUUCAAUAUACUCAUAAAUUGGAGUAAGAAUUUAAAAGAAAUGCCUCGACAUAAGCACAAAGCUUUUACGGUUGAGACUUUUUCAACUCGCGCAGAUACCUAUUCACCUGAGUGUGCUCCUCCAGACAGGUCACAUUUGUAUACACUACAUAAACCAUGCCUCCAAAAUUUGCUUUGCAUGUGGUCUGAACACACCUUUAUAUUUGGGCUGUGAUCUUAAGUACACUUGAAAAUAGAAGCAUCCUUAGUUUCCUAAACUUCAGCUACAUCCACUAACCUUUCCUAAAGUGUUAUUCCUCUUGUCACUUCAGGUCAUCUACUACUGCUAAUUUGAAUUUCAAUAAUGCCUGUUAUUUGAUUAUGGUCUUCAUCUAGUAACUUUAAUUCUAAUAAUACACAGCACAUUUUCAAACAAAGUUGCAAAGCUUUACAUAGUAGGACGAGUAAAACAUUUCAGGACUGCAAUGAAAUAAAAUAAAAUGGACAAUUAUAUUUGCAGUAAAUAAAAUAGUGGGACCAACACUGUUAAAAACUUACUUAAAAUCUGGCAGGCAUCAUACCUAAAGGACAUGAUGUAGGCUUUAGUUUGUUUAUUUUGUUUUUUUAAAGUGCACAGUGAAUGUGCCUUAAAAUAACUGAGCAUUAUGGAUUUCAUUGAUUUUGUUUCAGCUUCUUUUACUGCUUAUUGACAACUGGACAUUAGUUCUUUCAACAGUCUUUUUUCCAUUACCAUUUAGCUUGUCUGCAUUUUCUCGUUAUUGUUCUCGCUCUAGGUAUCAUUGUAACAGAAAUGCCAUAGGGAGAUCGUAUAUGACAGGAUACUUUUCACUAGUAUGUUAACAGGCAGGCAGAAAGGUCCUAAUUUCCUUGGAUGAAAAUAACCUGAAGUAAUUCUUUUAAUGUUUUUGUUGUUGUUGUUGUUGUUGUUUGAAGUAGCCAUACAUUUUUCAGUCAAAAUAUAUACAUUAUGGUCCUAUCAUUACAUUUAUUAAGCACCUUUACUACUAUGUAAUACUUAGUCCGUAAAGGCCAUAUUAUAAAGAUUAUAAUGCAUAUAUCUGGGUACAUAAUCUAUUAUGGGUCAAACUUUAUUUUAAUGUAACAUUGUUCAUGUUUUCUAUGUAAUUUGUAACUGAUUGCCAUCAUAAGUGUAUGUGGUGUCUGUAUCAAAUAGACUGCAGUAUACACCUGUUGCCUUCAUAAUGCAAACUGUUAAAUGACUCAUAAAGAAGGCACUGGAAAUGACAAAAAAGAAUGUCAGGAAUGUAGAGGUUGAUUUAAGUAUGUAUCUAAAAGCACAUUUUAGUACAGUUGUGGUCAAAAGUUUACAUACACUUGUAAAGAACAUAAUGUCAUGGCCGUCUUGAGUUUCCAAUAAUUUCUACAACUCUUAUUUUUUUGAUUGGAACACAUACUUCUUUGUCACAAAAAACAUUCAUGAAGUUUGGUUCUUUUAUGAAUGUAUUAUGGGUCUACUGAAAAUGUGACCAAAUCUGCUUGGUCAAAAAUAUACAUACAGCAAGGCUAAUAUUUGGUUACAUGUCCCUUGGCCAUUGUCACUUCAAUCAGACACUUUUGGUAGCCAUCCACAAGCUUCUGGCAAGCUUCUGGUUGAAUCUUUGACCACUCCUCUUGACAGUUGAGGUGCAGUUCAGCUAAUUUUUUUGGUUUUCUGACAUGGACUUGUUUCUUCAGCAUUGUCCACAUGUUCUCGAUGGGGUUUAAGUCAGGACUUUGGGAAGGCCAUUCUAAAACCUUAAUUCUAGCCUGAUUUAGCCAUUCCAUUACCACUUUUGAUGUGUGUUUGAGGUCAUUGUCCUGUUGGAACACCCAACUGCGCCCAUGACCCAACCUUCGGGCUGAUGAUUUUAGGUUAUCCUGAAGAAUUUGGAGGUAAUCCUCCUUCAUUAUCCCAUUUACUCUCUGUUAAGCACCAGUUCCAUUGGCAGCAAAACAGGCCCAGAGCAUAACACUACCACCACCAUGCUUGACGGUAGGCAUGGUGUUCUUGGGGAUGUAUAUUUUUGACCCAGCAGAUUUGGUCACAUUUUCAGUAGACCCAUAAUAAAUUCAUAAAAGAACCAAACUUCACAAAUGUUUUUUGUGACAAAGAAGUAUGUGUUCCAAUCACUCUAUCACAGAAAAAUAAGAGUCGUAGAAAUUAUUGGAAACUCAAGACGGCCAUGACAUUAUGUUCUUUACAGGUGUAUGUAAACUUUUGACCACAACUGUACAUAUAUGUUUUCAGAGCUAUCUCACACUGUUUCAAUGUAAACUACGUGGAAGUGUAAUUUUGAAAAUUCUGAUCAAUACAUUUUUCUGAUUUCAAA